GUCUGCGCCACUCCGCGCCCGACUGUCAGCGCGUGCGCGCGUCCGCGAUGUCAGUGUGAUCUGUGCUGUGUUUGUGUUCUUAAUUCAAAAAUAAAAAAUCGUGUAACCAGCCAUGUAUACCCAAGAAGUUCUAAGCAAAAAGGAAUCAGACAUGUCAAAGAACCUAGUGACUGGUGAAAUAGAAUACCGACCGAAGAAGAAGCAAGGAUGCAUGAUAGGUCUAGUGGUAGCCGUAGGUGUGCUCGCGCUGUCCCUUGCUGUCCUUACCGUGGUGAGGGAGAUGCAGAUAUCGCGGCUGAGGAGUGAGGUCGAUCAGCUGACUGUCAACAUGAUAGCGGUUACCGCGAACAUCAAAAAUCUUAAUCAGAAGGUGAACAGGGAUUUGAAUGAUUUUAAGACGCUGGAUGACGAUACGAUUUACGCCGACGGCGAAGAAGGCCCAGUGUCCAAGGACUCGGCCAUGGGCAAGCUGAAGGACGUGACGGUGCUGGAGGACGACACGGAGGACGUGGACGAUGAUGAUGAUUACGACGACGAGGAGAGCGGCUACUGGUACGAGGACUACGACAGGAGGCCCAAGAACGGCCACACAAACAUGGUGCACAUAAAACAGGAAGAGCUCCUGGGGUCAGUCGUCACGCAGGGCCAGAAGCGUCCCUCCGACCACCCCUCCAACAUCCACCAGAUACACCGGAUGCUGAACGGACUGGAUUCACAAGUCACAGGGGCUCCGAAGGACCGAGAUGAGACCGCGGCGCGUGAGAAGCGAAGCGUGUUUCCUGACUCCAACGCCAGUGACGCCGUCAUCUCCAAACCUGAAGACAGCCCCCGCCGCAAGAUGAAGAAGUUCUCAAGCUCGGAUUCGCCGAAGAUGUUCAACUUCCAGCACACCGUCUCCAGAACUGUACGGAACAGUGAUGACGUGGGACGGCGGCCGUUCGUGGCGGCUCAUUUUCACGGCAACACCAGCCAUCUCAACCCGGAGGUGCACGAGCAUUACAAAGGCAACGGCCUAGUCCGCGUAGCUCACGACGCCCCACACAACGUGUGGUACCCCGCCCCCUGGACGAUGUCGUCCCCCCACCCACGCCCCACACUCACCAACAAGGGGCACGUGCACGUGAGAGACACGGGCGUGUACCUCGUCUAUGUUCAGAUCUACUACCUCGACACCCACGACAUAAUCUCCUGGGUGCUCCACCGGACCAACGCCGAGAUCGAAGGCCGGGAGACGCUCCUCCAGUGCGCCCAGUCCUCCCACUCAUCCGAACGCCUCGAAAAACCGAACUCCUGUUUCUCAGCCGCCGCUUUAUUCUUAAAAGCUGGUGAUAGACUCGCUGUCCGGAAUACCGGUGGCGACAGACACUCGCUAAUGGAACCGGAGAAGAGUUUCAUCGGACUUAUUAAACUGGCCGAUGCUGAGGAUCCCAAUGAGGAGUUAUAAUUUAUAAGUGUUUGUUAGGGCCGUUUUUUAAUGUUUGCGGAAAAUAUUUGGUUGUGUUAAAUAUCUGAGUUAACUGUAUUUGUAUAUAUCAUGCAGUAAUCCGCGUGAGUUACAAUUAUUACUAUGUCGAUCCAAAGAAUGCUAUUGAGUAUUGACCGAUCAAAAGAUGAAAUGUAGGUAAGGUACAGCGGGGCAACACUCGACUGGGGAGCAAUUGUAACUGAUCCAUUUUUUUCAUUAUUGCACUAUAAUGUUAAGUUAUACAUGUAUCCACUGAACACGCCUGCCAAUAACCGGUGGACACUCUAUUUAAUAAUGCAAACAUUGUAAAACAUGGAAAAAAUUGAUCAGUUACGUUUGUCCCCCAGUCGCGAUUUGCCCCGCUGUACCUUAUAAGAAUUUGUGUGCAUUAUGCACAUUGGUUUUAAGGUCUGUAGGUACUUUUGCGCGAUUCAGGUACAUAAUAUAUAUUCACACACACGUAAGAUCCAGUGCCACUCUUGGCAAAUUAAGGAGUUAAAAGAAAACAAAAAUUGUGAUACAGUGACAGGUUGCCAGCUCAUCGCCCACAUCACAAUGAAUCCCAUAUCCCACAGUCGACUUCUACGUCACCCACGGCCCCCACAGGAGAAAAGGGGGUGACAUUCUAAACACAUCGACACACGGGGACGCGAUUUAAGUGUACAAGAUUUAUAUAUUUAAAAAAUAUAUUGUGUUAAUUAGACAAACGAAAUAUUUUCUGCGAACAGUUAUUUUAAUGUUUAGUUAGUGUUAACUAUAUUUUGCAUGUUGGCUAUGCUAACUUAACCCGCCGGCCCGGAUGUUUACAAUAGUGAUAAUAUAAUUUACGUAUAGUCAAACGAGUGCCAUUAUUAUUUUUAGAGUACCCGUGAUAGGACUGUCACAUACGGAUUCGUCAGAUAUAAAUGUUGAUGCGCCUCUGGUUACUAGCUAAAUAAUUCUAAAAUCUAUCUGCAAUUUUGCUAUGAAAUUUCUCUGAGUCUCAAUCUUUCCUGCGUGUUCACGGUACAAAUGUGAUAAUCUUUGAUUUUUUUUUUUUCAGUUUUAGCAGGAAGGCUUGUUUUAACCUUUUGAACGCUUUGCCUCCCGCUUUAAAAUGCCUGCACACCAAUACCUCUUGUAGUAAAUAACGAAUAUAAACCUUAUCUGUCAGCAGGACAAUUCCUUUGACAGCGUCCGCCAUAGCCACUUACCUUUGACAUACCAUACCUUACCUUACCUUACCUUACCUUACCUUACAUACCUUUGACAGUAUGUUCACAGUUUUUUAAAUACCUAAAAAUACAAGGUAUCGCAUUGUUACUUUCACCUUACUUACCAUUUAUGCGUUUUCAUUAAUAUUGGCUCACCAUAAAUAAAAAGUACCAAGUAAGUAACCACCUAUAAUUUUGUUCUUCAAUCUGGCCUUAAAAGGUUCACUUCUCCUGGAUCUAUCAAAUUUGACGGCUCCGGUUUGUUUACACUUUCAACAGCC